AUGCAACGAUCGCGGUACCAUGAUGACUUUGUGCAGCUGCGGUGCCUGGGGAAAGGCGGAUUUGGAAAAGUAUACGAGGUGCGGAAUAAGCUCGAUGGGCGGCGGUACGCGGUCAAGUUGAUCAAGAUCAGGGGCGAGAUUACGGCCGACAAGACCCUGAGGGAAAUAAAAACCCUGGCUAACCUGGAUCAUCCUAAUAUCGUGCGCUACUAUAGCAGUUGGAUUGAGGUCAGUCGUCUG